AUGAGGGCUAAAAUCAGAAUCAAAGCCAUAGAAUGCGACCGAAGAUUCGAUGCCAAUAAAUCAACAAAAGGAGCAAGCAAGUUGAGAAGGGAUCUAAUUAAUGCAGAAAUAGCAAAUUUACGUGAAUUAUUACCAUUACCUCCAUCCACGAGGCAAAGACUUUCUCAGCUACAGCUUAUGGCACUUGUGUGUGUUUACGUCAGAAAAGCUAAUUAUUUUCAACAAGCUUUCAAAUGCCAUGAUGUAGGAUUACACCAAACGCCAACACCUAAUAUCGGAUUCUCUAAGGCGUUAAGCGGUUUUCUAAUGAUGAUGACACAAAAUGGAAAAUUAUUGUAUAUAUCGGAUAAUGCUGCAGAGUACCUGGGCCAUUCCAUGGAGGAUCUUUUAAUUCAUGGAGAUAGUGUGUAUGAUAUAAUUGAUAAGCAAGAUCACCAAGCAAUCCAAUGUGAAUUGGGACGGCCAGUAAAUACAGGAUCCAACAAUAAUCCUAGUGAUGAAAUUCGGCUGUUUUUAUGUAGAAUGAAUGUUUCUAGGAAUGCUAGGCGACAAAUGAGAUUUGGAGACCAAAAGGUAGUAUUAGUUCAAGGAAGGUAUCUUUCCUUUCUACCACUAUGUAGCCGCAACGAACCAGUAUUUUUAGCUACGUGUACCCCGGUUGCAAUGCCUGAAACCAGAGAGUGUGUCGUUCAGGGUGCCACCAACGUAUUUACAUCCAUUCAUUCCAUGGACAUGCGGUUUAUCCAUAUCGAUACCAACGGCGAAUUCUACCUGGGCUUUCCGCGCUCAGAUCUGCAGGGGGUGUCCUGGUACCGGCUGCUGCACUGGGAAUGCACGCGUGAGGCCCAAACCAAACAUCGACUCAUCACCCAAUCGGAACAAGAACGCUCUUGCAUCUUACUGGCCCAGUUCCAAAGACGCACAGGCGAAUGGAUUUGGAUGCACUGCGUCCUACAAGUUAAGGACAGCUCUGAAAGUAAUCAGCAACCAGUAAUUGUAUGCACUAACCAAGUACUUAGUGAAGCGGAAGCAGCAGUUAUGAGAACGAAUAGUUGGCUUUAUCAUUAUUACUCAGUACAGAAUAAGCUGCAAUAUGGUCUCACUUACGACGUAGGUCCAUCUUCACGAUUGCUGUACUAUCCUGAGCAUACACCAACUCCUGAAUAUGCCACAGCACAUGACACAACUGGCUAUACGCAUUUAACCGCAAUGCCUAAUACGUUACAAACGCAUUUAACGCAUCAUCCGGCAGCCACGCAUGCACAUCACAACCAACACCAUCACCAUCAUCGACGGGCUGAUUCAGAACCAGUAGAUUAUUCGUACAGUAAAAGAAAACCCAAAGAAUUACGAAAUUUACAAUUAGAAGUUGCAGAUCAUGAGAUUACCGACAACGAGGGGGGUAGUAGUGGCCUUUUAGUGAUAUCGCAUUUGACAGAAAGGCCAAGAACCCUGCUUAAAGUCGACCCUAGUGAAUUAAUGGAUCAAUGGAAUCCUAGUCCACCUUGGUCCGAUACCUUACAAAAAGUUCCAGAUUUAUGUCACCAAGAACUAAGUCCAUACAUAGGUAGUACUCCUCCAACUCCUACAGCUACUCCAAGUACCCAAGCUAGUGCUUUUUCUUUUGACUGGAUGCCAGAACAAUACGUACCAUCAAUGGCAUCGGUAGCAUCGUUAGAAGAUGGGGAUAGGCCAAUAUAUUGGCCGAGUGAACAUAGACUCUUCCCUCUUCAGCCUCCACCAAAGAGGGGCCACGGUCCAGGAAGGUCAGAGUCCGGUGAUAGGAACACGCCUUGA